AUGGCCGCGCGGUGGCGGCGGCCGUGGCUGAGCGUGGCGCUGGGGCUGGUGCUGGGCUUCACGGCCGCCUCGUGGCUCAUCGCCCCGCGCGUGGCCGAGAUGAGCGAGAGGAAGCGCCGCGGCUCCAGCCUCUGCCCGCACUACGGGCGCGCGGCGGCGGCGGCGGCGGGCGGCGAGGGCGAGCCCGAGGGCGAGGAGGAGGAGGGCGGCGAGCGGCGCGGCGCGCGGCCCGGCGGCCGCAACGGCAGCGGCGACUGGGGCGGCGCGGGGGGCUGCGCGCGGCCGCGCGGCUUCCUCUACGUGGGGGUCAUGACGGCGCAGAAGUACCUGGGGAGCCGGGCGCUGGCGGCGCAGCGCACGUGGGCGCCCUCCGUGCCCGGCCGCGUGGAGUUCUUCUCGAGCCAGGGCUCGGCCGCGCCGCCGGGGCCGCCGCCGCUGCCCGUCGUGGCGCUGCCCGGCGUGGACGACUCGUACCCGCCGCAGAAGAAGUCCUUCAUGAUGAUCAAGUACAUGCACGACCACUACCUCGAAAAGUACGAGUGGUUCAUGAGGGCCGACGACGACGUCUACAUCAAAGGUGAAAAGCUGGAGGAGUUCCUUCGCUCUCUGAACAGCAGUAAGCCGCUGUAUUUGGGGCAGACGGGCCUGGGGAAUAUUGAAGAACUUGGCAAGCUGGGUCUGGAGCCCGGCGAGAACUUCUGCAUGGGCGGCCCGGGCAUGAUCUUCAGCCGCGAGGUGCUGCGCAGGAUGGUGCCGCACAUCGGCGAGUGCCUCCGCGAGAUGUACACCACGCACGAGGACGUGGAGGUGGGGCGCUGCGUCCGCAGGUUCGGCGGCACCCAGUGCGUCUGGUCCUACGAGAUGCAGCAGUUGUUCCAUGAAAAUUAUGAACACAACCGGAAGGGUUACAUUCAAGAUCUUCACAACAGCAAAAUUCAUACAGCCAUAACACUUCAUCCAAACAAAAGACCAGCUUACCAGUACAGGCUGCACAACUACAUCCUGAGCCGCAAAAUUUCAGAGCUACGGUAUCGGACCAUCCAGCUCCACAGGGAAAGUGCCCUGAUGAGCAAGCUCAGUAACAGCCAAGUAAAUAAGGAAGACGAGCGCCUGGGAGUGAUGCCAUCUUUCAAUCGCUUCCAGCCGCGCAACAGGGCUGAAGUCAUCGAGUGGGACUUCCUGACAGGAAAGCUUCUCUACUCAAUAGCGGAGAACCAGCCACCCCGGCAGAGCCUGAGCAGUGUCCUGCGGGCCGCGCUGGAUGACACAGUCCUGCAAGUCAUGGAAAUGAUCAACGAGAACUCCAAGUCUAGAGGAAGGCUCAUUGACUUCAAGGAAAUACAAUACGGCUACCGCAGGGUGGACCCUAUGCAUGGUGUGGAGUACAUCCUGGACUUACUACUUUUGUACAAGAGGCACAAAGGAAGGAAAGUUACAGUUCCAGUGAGACGUCACGCUUACCUUCAGCAGUUGUUCAGCAAACCUUUCUUCAAAGAAGCAGAGGAGCUUGAUGUAAGAAGCCUACUGGAGGAUACCAACACCAACACUCAAUCUUUCUCCUUUCUUUCAAAUUCAUUGAAGAUUUUUUCAUCAUUCCAAGGCACCAAAGAUGUUGUGGGAUUCAGUGACAAGAAAAUACAUAUUCUUGUGCCUCUCAUAGGAAGAUAUGAAAUUUUCUCAAGAUUUAUGGAUAACUUUGAGAAGACUUGCCUGAUUCCUGGGCAGAAUGUGAAGCUGGCAAUAAUUCUCUUUGGUUCAGAGUCUAGCCAAGACUCCAGUAAACACAUAGAGCUGCUGAGAGAAUAUAGCUAUAAGUAUCCCAAGGCAGAUAUGACCUUGAUUCCUAUGGCAGGAGAAUUUUCUAGAGGUUUAGGCCUUGAAAUGGCCUCAUCUCGGUUUGACAAUGACACUUUGCUCCUCUUCUGUGAUGUUGAUCUGAUAUUCACACCAGACUUUCUCCAGCGAUGCAGAGAUAACACUAUUCAGGGAGAACAGGUUUACUACCCUAUCAUCUUUAGCCAAUAUGAUCCAAAAGUAGUAUAUGGAGACAGCCCUCCAGAUGACAGUAGCUUUGUUUUCACAAAAAGAACUGGAUUUUGGAGAGAAUAUGGAUAUGGAAUCACCUGUAUUUACAAAAGUGAUCUGCUGACUGCUGGUGGAUUUGAUACCUCAAUUCAAGGCUGGGGACUUGAGGACGUAGACCUCUUUACUAAAGUGAUAACGUCUGGUUUGAAGGCUUUUAGAAGUCAAGAAGUAGGAGUUGUACAUAUUUUUCAUCCAGUUCAGUGUGAUCCCAAUUUAGAUCCAAAACAAUAUAAAAUGUGCUUAGGGUCCAAAGCAAGUACUUUUGCCUCUACCAUGCAGCUCGCUGAACUCUGGCUAGAGAAACAUUUGGGUGUCCGGUACAAUCGAACUCUCUCCUGACAUCCUGGCCCAUUUUGCCUUUUUAGGGGAGUUUACCUCAUUAAUAUUAUUUUUUUUUUUUGUCAUUUUUAUUUUUAAACUCCCUCCUCGUUGUCUUCCAAAGACUGUUGACCUCAAACAGGACGAGUCUGCUGUUCGCUGAUUUUGCUUAYUCCAAUUGAACUGGUUAGGUACCACCUUUCAUGUUUCUUUUAGUUGAAAUUCACUUAAGUCAUGGCAAUCAUGUGACCCUAUGGAGCCCAUCCCUCACAAGAGACUGCAUCAGAAGAAUGUUCUCUUUGGGCUUCAGGAUGCAAUAUCAUCUUCGUUGUGUUUCUCAGACUUAAUGCGAUACAAAUAUUUACUGGUGAAGGUACCACAAAAGUGCUUUAUGCUUCCUCUGGGGAAGGAACUCUGUAACAUAAACUUGAGUUUUAUAAUUUAUAUGAGGACUUAUAUAUAUAAACACUACUUUUCUUCAUCUUUAGAAUUUUUAAAGUAAAUGAAUAACUAUGAUUGUACCUUUAUUUUUUGAAAAAAGAAAACUGAGGAGUCACUUACAAAUGCAACUGGUACUGGCUACCAAGGUCCUUAAAUGUCUUAUUAUAAUAUCGAGCUCCUCAUUUUGUUCACUCAAAGUGUGAAUGAACUUUAUUUUCACAAGGAACA